UCAAGUAUGAUAUGUAUUUUCUGUCAAAUUUAAAAACAAGUUAGUAAAUUUACAUUUUUAGUCUCUAGAAAAAACAAACUGCAAUAACUUGUUAAAAUACGAAAAUAAAUUGAAAAUUCAAAGCAAAUAUAUCUAAUAGAACACCUAAAAAUACACUAAAAAUGUCACAGAUACAAUGCACUGAAAAUUAGUUAUACCACGUAAAAAGGCAAUUUGAGCAGAAGAGUAUUCAAAUUCAAAAUAGGCCUUUGAAGAAGCAGAAACCUCAAAACGUAUCGAUUCCCCCGAAUGUGUCAUCGUUAACAUAAAUCAGACGAAACGAAUUAGAAACCCAUUCGACCCACACGAAGACAAAGGAACCUUCGGUACUCAUUUAAUUUCUAUUUCUAUUUCCAUUUCAAUUUAUUUUAUUACACCUCCCCCCACACGUGAGAUAUAAUAUAUGGAAGACCCAGCCAUCGAUCCUGACCAAACGACGUGCAUUUUACAUUUUAUUGAAGUUGCAGAUGGUUAGGCUAACUUUAGGCCAAGUGCUGAAUGAUUUAGGCCGUUAGACGUGACGAAUGAAAAUUAAUUAAAAAUAAUUUAAAAGAAAAUAAAUGCUAAUUUUUCUAUAUUAGUAAGAUAAAUACUAAAAUAGGUAUUUAAAGUUAAAAUUCCCAAAAAGUAAUAAUGAAGUAUAUUACAUAUAAUGGAACCCGCUUUCUUUUCAUAUCCCACCAAAAUAUUAUUAUAUUAUUUAAAGUAAAAAUUUCCAAAUGAUGUUCAUGUAAUCCCACCGAAACAUCCCAUAACCUUUCCCAACCUUCUCACGUUUUCUUAUCGCAAAUGGUUGAAAAAAAUGAGGGAAACCGAAAAUAUAAAAGAUCUUCCGCAGGUUCCUUGAAGGUUUUGGUUUGGUUUUAACCUGAGUUUCUGUUUUCGUUAACGAUUUUUAUGAUUGUGGAGACAAAUCGGCGUCAUCAAAAAUUGUUGGAUGGAAAACGAGUUUCGAAAUGAUUUGCAUAGAAAUGCUACUUGCUGUCUCGCUCUGUUGCACUGUUGGAGUGAGAGGGAAGAAGAAGAUAUUCAGAUACAUAAGCCAAGUGAACUCAUUGUGCCAGCAUGUGAAAUUCCCGUCGGCAAAUCGCUGGCCAAUUUGAAAUCCCUGCUGCGAAAAAGGACAUUCGGCGGCCAAGACGUCGUCGUCAUCGACGAAGAAGAAGAAGCAGCUGACAUAAGGGAAAUAUGGAUAAAUAAAAGGAGCGGCAAGGACCGCAGAGCACAUAAAGGAAAAAUAUGAUUGGCAUGCCGAGCCAACGAGCAGUCUCUUAAAAGAAGAAGAAAAAGUGUGUAAAGAAAAUAAGGGCCUGCGUCGACGUCGCUCCGCCUAAAGUUGUCAUAAUUUGCUAUAUAUGCGUUUUUAUUUAUUUGCCGAUCCGCUGCGCACGUUCAUAAAAAACGAAGACGUUUCGUUGAAUUACUUUAUGUGCCUCUUUUUUUUUUAUUCGUUUUUUUUACUCUCUCGCCGCCGUCACAGAGAGCGAGUGGUUAGAGGAGCACAGCUAUAGGGUUAGCAAGCUAACAGCAGCCGGUAACAUUCGAACUGCAGUCUUAUACGCCACUUCCCCAGCUGUUAGCGCUUAACAGGGACAGAGCGCGAGCGGCGGAGAGAGCGCGCCAGUUGGGGAGAGCGGCAGAGAAGCUUUCGCUGCUGCGAAUUUUGGCGGCCACACUGGGCGACGACGACGGCGACUCCUGUUUUUUUCCGAUUCCGAUUCGAUUCCAUAGAGCGCCGUCGACGCUCCGGCUCGCAGGACGUCGCUGCCUCAGUCGCCGCCAUUUGCCGCCAUUUGCUCUCUUCGACCGCGCGGGGGCGCCACUCGCCACAGAAGCAGCAGCAGCAGCACCACCACCACCAGCAGCAGCAACAGCAACAGCAGCAGCAGUCGCCAAAAAGGACAUUUGCUUGCUCCACCACACUACUGGGGUUCGGCUUUCGAGUUUGUCGCUUCUCGGUUUCUGUUUCUGUUUCGGUUUCGGACUCGUUUCGCUUCCAGCCCCGAGAUUCCGAUUCGAUUCCCGAUUCCGAUUUCGAUUCAUCAGUCCAUAGUUUCAGUCGGCGAGCCAAAAAGCAGCCUGCCAGUCGAGAGCGCCUUUCCCAGAACUCGCUGCCUGAGUUUCAUCCUGAGCCUGAGAGUCCAGGAAGCCCGCAAAGAUUUGCCAGUCGUUGCCACUUAAAGUCUAACGGUGUCGCAGUGCGUUUUUAUUACCGCCGCCCCCGCAACAUAAAUACACACAUUCAUACACAUUCGUAUGUAUGUAUUCGCGCACACGGACACGCAGUGGUGUGCGUGCGGGGGGCGGGGGCAUGCGUGCGAGUGUGGCUGUGUGUGUGUGUGGGCUGAGCGGUCGCGCGUGUUUAAUUAAUCAUAAAAUCGACGUCGGAAACCGCGCAACUUAAAAGUAACUCGCCAGAAACCCAAAAAACAACAACAACAGCCAAGCCAAAAAAUUGAAAACAAACAAAUAAUAAUACAAAAGAAAGAGAAGGAGAAGGAGCGUGUGCGGGAGGGGGAUGGCGAGAGGGGGGCUAGUGUGCAAUAAACUCGAUUUCGGAAUAAACUCAAUCCUGUGCGAAAACUAACGCUCUGCUUUGCCGUCGGUAUCUGUGAGAUAAUUUACGCCAGCCAAAAGAUGGUAACUAAAGGAUAGCCAAAAUCAGGAGGAAAAGCAGCAAGAAGCGCCGAGAACCAAGGUGCAGUCCAUGAUCAGACUUCAGCGGCAAUUGGGAUCAGGAGGUGAGCGCUUCCGAUCGAGAGGAUAAUGUGUUCAAUAUUUCGCAACCGCAUCAAUUACCGUGGAACUGGUGGCACCAGGAGCGGCAGCGGCGAGCGGGAGAGGGACCGGGAUAGGGACAGGGAUCGAGAUCGAGAUCGCGAUCGGGACAGGGAUAGAGACACCCUGCUGGCCAAGGAACUGGACGCGGAUAGCAAUAACAAUGGUACCGAGCCGCAAAUGGACACGGAAGCGGUGCCGGAAUCCGAUACGGAAAGAGAAAUGGCCGAGGAGCGCGCCGAGGAUCAGGAGCCGGAGAACAGCAACGAGGCACUGGAUCUCUCGCUGAUCUCGUCCGGCGGUCGGGAAUCACUGCCGGGCAGUGGUCACGUGUCGCUGGAGGCUCUACAACAUACCAAAGUGGCGGUGGCCCAGUUUGCGGCCACUGCGAUGGCGGGUAACCACCAGUCCGCCGAUCUGGCCAUGGUGCAGUCCACCAUCUUUAAUGUGCAGCGGCAGCAUCUGAUGCAGCUACAGCUCAUCCAACACCUGCAGAGUCAAUUGAAAAGGGCCGAGGCAGCCGCCUUGGGCAGGCCAUCUCACAGCGAUGAGGAGGAGGAGCCGGAGCCGGAGCCGGAGGCAGAGCCCGAGCCCAAAAAGCAGCCCACCAAUGGACUGAAGGAGGAGGUGGAGCUGGAGCAGGGUCCGCAGUCAAAGCAGGAUCAGGAUCGGGAGCAGAAGGAGAAUAUAAAGACUGACAAGAGGGGAACUGAGGAGAGAAAGGCAGAGUCAGAGGGUUACCAAUCCAUGAUGUGCGACAUAAGCUCGAGCCUGGCAUCGAGCAUCAUCACCAACCACGAUCCCCCGCCGGCUCCCAACGAGCCCAACUGCCUGGAGAUGUUGCAACGGAGAACGGAGGAGGUCCUCGACUCCGCAUCCCAGAGCUUACACGCUGCUCAGAUGCAAGAGGAGUACUCGGAGUAUGCCUCCAAGGAGGCACAAAGUCGCGGUGAGAUCUUCAAGCAUCGCUGCAAGUACUGCGGCAAGAUCUUUGGCAGCUACUCGGCCCUGCAGAUACAUCUGAGAUCACAUACUGGUGAACGUCCAUUCGUUUGCAAUGUUUGCGGCAGUAAAUUCACCACGAAAGGCAAUCUGAAGGUGCACUACCAGCGGCAUACGCAGAUAUUUCCGCCAAUGCUGCUGCCACCAGGAGUGGCGCCCAACGUGGGGCAUUCGGGUCAGGGGCAAGUCCAGGGCGAGCAGUAUCCCAUUCGCCUGCCUUUUGCGCCCCCAGUGACUCCUGGGGGUCAAGAGCCGGUUCAGAAUCAAGUGGAGGAGCCAGAAGAGAUCAGGCAGGAGAUUCCACUUGCGCAGGCAGAAGAUCUCAGCAAGCCAAUGGCGAAGGAAAAGGAGAAGUCCCACUCACCCGUGGAGCGUGUCAAGACACCCAAAGAAGUGAAGACAGAUGCACCAGUGCCGUCAUCAGAGAAGCCUGAAAAGGAGCUCUCCAAGCCGGUGGUGACCUCGUCGCGGCGAAAUGGAUCUGUGCGGAAGCGACAGACAAGUGCGGUAAGUCCGCCGCAAGAGGAUAGGGAACGCGAUCUGGUCGAGCACCUGCACAUAGCCAAGCUGGUGAGACGCUCCUCCGCCAGCAGAGAGGCACAGCCGGCGGAGUACUCUCUGGCGCAAAUGGAGCGCAUCAUCGACAAGUCGUGGGAGGAUCUGAUUGAGAUCGACAAGACGUCGGAGACCUCGAAGCUGCAGCAGUUGGUGGACAACAUCGAGAACAAGCUGACUGAUCCCAACCAGUGCAUCUUCUGCCAGAAGGUCAUGUCCUGUCGCAGCUCCCUGCAAAUGCAUAUUCGCACCCACACCGGCGAGCGUCCGUUCCGUUGCAAGAUCUGCGGCAGGGCUUUUGCCACAAAGGGCAAUCUGAAGGCCCACAUGAGCAUACACAAGAUCAAGCCGCCGAUGAGGAGUCAGUUCAAGUGCCCGGUGUGCCACCAGAAGUUCUCCAACGGCAUCAUCCUGCAGCAGCACAUUCGCAUCCACACCAUGGACGAUGGCAGCGGCGGGCAGGGAGCUCCUGCCACCAAUCCCGGCGAGGCUGAACGUUUGGGCAUCGAAGAUCAAAACUCGAACAAGUCGCUGGGCACUUCGGAUACUUUGGACUUCUCCACCACCAUAUCGGAUCACUCGGGUCAGCGAUCCGAGUCCUCGCAGGGCGGAGACUUUGAUGAGUUUAUGACCAUGGACAGCACCGAUGACUCCAGAGAUAACUCCAGUGCAGCCACGGCCACGCCGCAUCCCCUGGAAAGGGAGCGGGAUAGGGAGAAGGAGCGGGAACGGGAACGGGAGCGGGAUCGGGAGAGAAGGAUUCCCAACGAUGGCUCCGAUGAGAGAUCCCACUCAAAUCCAGAUCUAACUGGCGGGCGCAGCGAGAGUGGGGAAAUGCCCGCCAUGGAUCUCUCUUCACCCUCCUCGAGCUCGGGUCGCAUCUUCGCCACUGGACUGGCCAACGGAGCUGCUGGCGGGGGACCUGGAAAUGGGGGUCUGCCCAUGCUCGGAAUGCCCAUGCCUCCCAAUCUUCUGCUCAUGGCAGCUGCUCGCGAGGAAAUGCACGCACUAGGUCACGCGCACGCCAAAUUUCCCCUGCUGCCCUUUGGUCCACUUGGAUUUAUGGGUCUGCACCCGCCCCCCAAUGUGUGCAAUCUCUGCUUCAAGAUGCUGCCCAGCUUGGCCGCCUUGGAGAGCCAUUUGCAGAGCGAACAUGCCAAAGAACCGGCGACGGGCCACGCCCACCGCCCACAGUGCAGCGAUGCUGGAGGAUCGCCGUAUGGAGCAAAGCUCACUCUCAAUCCAAAUCUGUUCGCAAAGAAGCCGCCUUCGUCGUCGUCCUCGUCGUCGGGUGACAAGUUGCCGGAGGCAUCCAAUCCGCCCUUUCCCGCUGAAAAUCCCCCAGCAACGUCCAUCAAAGAAGAUCCCGACCAGGAGCAGCUGCUGGUGGAGGAGGGGGCUUCGGCUGGAGAAGGAUCUGGCGCCGCAGCCGCCUCCAAUUAUCACCAGGAGGCCGGUGAUGCGGAGCAGUCCCUGAUGAAGAUGCAGCUGCAUGCCCAUCGUUUUCCGGCCAGUCCCCUCGACUUUCAGCAGGCUCUGAUGUCCGCAGGACCUCCGACCUCCAGCUUGGAUCCUCCGGUGAACAACAAGCACUUUUGCCACGUCUGCCGGAGGAACUUCAGUUCCAGUUCCGCUCUCCAGAUCCACAUGCGCACCCACACCGGCGAUAAGCCCUUCCAGUGCAAUGUGUGCCAGAAGGCCUUCACCACCAAGGGCAAUCUCAAGGUCCAUAUGGGCACUCACAUGUGGACGAAUCCGACUUCGCGGCGUGGUCGUCGAAUGUCCUUGGAGCUACCCAUGCGACCUGGUCCGAACUCGGGCCAAGCUCAUCCUGGAUCCAGUGCAGAGCAGGAGUUCAUGCAGAGACGGCCGGAGCUCUUUUUUCCCUACCUGCCGCCCUUCUUCAACGGAUUGCCCCCAAAGCCUGGGGAACUCAGUCCCGGCGCCUUUCCCAAUAUUCCCCCGCCUCCCUUCGCCAACGGCGGAAAGUAUCCCUAUCCGCCCGGACUCCUCGGCUUCCCAGGCUUCCUGGCCCAGCAUCCCUACGGCCUGGAGCGGAGGAGCAGCAGCAAGUCACCCACGCCGGAGCCGGCUCAGAGCCCUGCCCUGCGGGAGGAGGAGGGCUCCGGCAAUAUCUGGCAUCCACUGAGCCGCAUCAAGGUGGAGAGCAAUCAAAACGAGUCCAUGGGCGGCUACAACGAGCAGGAGGAUCCGGCUGAGGCGGAGGCCACUGGCGGGGACAACGAGGAAUCAGAGUCCAGAGAUGCGGAGAAGUAACGUGGAGGAGCAGGAGAAGGAGGAGGAGCAGGAGGAGCAGGAGGAGGAGGAGGAGGAGCUGAUGAGAUCUUAGUCUUGGAACACACAUGGUUUUUGUGGAGUACAUAUCUUGAGCAUUACCCUACGCUAAGCUUCAACUAGCACUGACACAAACUCAAACACCACCCACACACUUAUACGAAUAUAUCCUUUGUGUCUAUACAUAUAUAUACAAAUAUAUAUAUAUAUACAUAGUACGGUUAAUUGAUAGCGAUCUUCAAGGCAUUUAAAUGCAUUAAGUUUAGCCGGUAAGUUGUAAAAAUAGCGGAUCGAGGAACGAACUUGGCUGGAGAAAUCUCUUCAACCGGAUCAGGCAGGCUGCGAGGUCGGAACUUAACUAAUUUUAUGGCUAUACCUAGAUAUAUUUAAAUACAUAUACCGAUUAAUACACGUACACGUAAUGUAAACUGUGGUAGUUGCAUAUAAAAAAUUGAAAUCGAAACCCCGAAAAACAAAACACCGCGACAAAAAUGAUCAAAAAUAAA